AUGGCUACGGCAUCCGACGACCCCAACCGUCGGUUCUCGACAGGUGUACCAAGUGAACCCGAAAUCAUCGAACAGCACCAAGAAGAAGCUCCCACCGUGAGCCAUGCCCUCGCAGAAGAGAGCAAGAACUUUGAAGAGAAAGGCGCAGCGCAGCUCGAACACGGAGACGUCGAGGUCAAGAAUCUAGGAUGGAACGAGUCGCCUCGCGCCGUACCGCACCUCGUGGGAGGACUAAAGAACGACGAUGUGUGGACCUUGAUGCGACGAUUCGAUAAGCAGGUCUUUUACGUCAAGAGCAUCCAGGAGCCUCCGCUGGGAAUGCUGGAUAUGAACAUUGCAGACGACGAGGAGUUUUCGCCAGAGAAGCUUAGGGCGCAGAUUGAGCGGCUUUACGUGUCUGUUCUGGUGCAGCUCUUUGCUUUCUACAAGCAGAUUAUCCGUCUGAGAUCGUGGAAGGAGACCCAGAGAACUUCUGCUUUUCUGGGAGUGUAUACCCUGGCGUGGCUGCUUGACAUUCUUGGCCCGACUCUUAUUCUCUUCCUCAUGGUUCUCAUCUGGUCCCCUGAUGCUCGCAACAUUUGCUUCCCCGGCGCACCACCGUCGCUCAUUGAUCCCAAGACGGGAGGAGUCAAAACACCAGCUGCUGGUGUACUCGCCUCUGAUGACUCAGUCACUGGCGCGCCCGAGAAACACAAGGGUGAAGCAGUUGAGCAAGAGGCACAUAGCUUUGUGACAAGCCUUUCCACGAUUGUUGUUAGCACUGCUGCUGGAAAGCACCCGCAGACGGAUCCCGACGAUGAUAGCGCUGCUCCAGACCCGACCAAGCUCACUGAGGAAGCCACCGAGGCUCGACAAAAGUCUGUGGGAGAGAAUACCCAUGCUGAGCAUAACAGGGCCAAGAAGCCUGUGUCAAACGCUGUCUGGAACAAGGCUCGUCCGACAAUGCAUAUGAUGGCCGACUUUGUCGAUACAUGGGAGCGAUUUGGAAACGCACUUAGUCCUGCUGCACCCUUUCACUGCCAUCGACCCAAGCUUAUUCUCAUUGGCGUUCUUGUGCCAAUGCUCCUCGGAUCUUAUUUCACGUCUCCAUAUAUGGCCAUGAAGGGCAUGGGUUUUGGCGCUGGCUUUGGAUUCUUUGGUGAUCCAAUUAUCACACCUGCUUUGAACUUUAUCAACAGAACAUAUCCUCGUUGGGAAAAGUAUGUUGAACUGCGAAACACCAUUCUCCGAGGCGUCCCUACCAAUGCGCAGCUGGCCAUCACUCUUCUUCGUAUUGGGGAGAAGAACAAGGCCCCUCUGCCUCCGCCGCCCACAUCAGACGUCCCUCCUCCAACUGUACCCCAUGAGACAGCCGGAGAGGGUCUUGAGCAUUUAGAAGGAGUAUCGCAGGCUGAGAUUGCCGCAGCUGUUCAGCCGGACCCCAAUAUACUCAACGAAGACGACGAAAACGACGAAGAAAAGAGCAAGCACAAAAAAUCGCAUCGCAUCAUGAACUUUAUUCGCACCACUGCCAAGGGCGGCGUCACGACAGCGUUGGCUGCAGACAAGGCCAAGGCCAAAGCAGGCGCCCCUCACGCAAAGAACCGUCUUGGCGUGGUCAAAGGCGAGCAACCCAACCCCAUCACAGGACCCAUCCGGUUCCCAGCGCGAUACAAGGGUAAGAAGGGUCAUGCGUAUAUUACAGCUACAGCUACAACACCGGCUGUUAGCUGGACGAUUGAGCUCGAAGAUCUAAAGCCCGCAUGGACAGUGUCGAUUGGGGAGAUUGAUGAGUUGAAGAAGAUGGGUGGUCUUGGAUGGAAGAGCAAGAUCAUUGUUGGAUGGGCGAUGGGUAGUGAGAUUAUGGAUGGGUUGCUCAUCAAGACCAAGGAUGGACAGGAGCAUCAUCUCACGGCUGUUUCUAUGAGGGACCAGUUGUUUAACAGGUUGAUUUCCAUGGGAAGUCAGAUGUGGGAGGCGUGGUGA